CACCUGGUCGGUGCAUCAUUCGCUCCUGAGACUUAUAACCAGCAACACACCAUGAUUGACCAGCACAAGCCCAGCCGCAAAUCAGAGAAAUCCAGUCACAGGUCGGGAAAGAACCAUUCCGACAAACCACACAAAGUGAAGACCCACGAUCCGCUCAAGAAACAGAAAAAGCGGGCUCUGAAGAAGCUCCGCCGCAAGUCAUCCACUGUGAAUUUCCCGUACCAGCUCUUCCUGUACCGCCAGGAACUAAAGCGGGCCAGCGCCGACUUCUCCUAUCUUCGGCUCUCCAAGGCCAAGAUAGUGCUCACCUCCCAACUGAUCGCACAGAAGAUGGGCAGCUGCAAUCCCGAUUGCAGCGUGGAUGAGCUCAAGGAACUAAGCCGCGAGGUGCAGUUCCAGAAACGCCUCUGCCAUCAAGUGGAGCGCCUGCAGCAAUUCCGGCAACUUGGACUCACCGAGAUGAUCCUCAACGGCAAGAAGACGACGCUGUAACCUGUGGAAUUAGCAAGCAAGCCGGAUUGAGCAGGCUGUUAGGCUGGGAUUGGGCAUUAUUAUAAGUUAGUCGGUAGUGUUUAGGUUGUAAUAUUUUAUCAAAUAAAAUAU